AUGGCUGAUGCUCCUACUCUGCAGAUGAUGGGUAUCGUUGAUGACUUACUGCCACCAAAGGAGCGCCGCUGCUGUAAUGUACGCACUAUAAUGCCUUUUGUGCCGACACCUGGCACGUCUGUGAUGAAGACACUUCCUCCAUGAUGUAGUUUGAGCAGCACUCCUUUAUACCUCCAAUCAUACAUGUUAACUUGGCUCUGUAUGCUGUUGGACUGCCUUAGUUUGGCAAACAAUCCCCCUCUAUCUCUCCCUCCUGCUUUGAUAUAAGACAUGUACCCUAGUGCCAACCUACCCUUAUUUUUGGAUAGCGCACGCUGACUGAGCUUUACUGUCUUUAUACCGCUUUACUCUGCUAAAUGUUUGGCAUCUACAUGCCGCCCUUUACAUGGCCCCUUCUGUUAUCUUUUAUAUCAAAAUGUUACGUAGCCACUUGCUCUAACACAACAAAAGAAAAAAUGUGGUCAUUUAGGCUUUUUGAGCCUCUUCCUGUUGUAACUUGAUGCACCACUUUCAAAAAUAAAGAAUAAAAAAAAAUAUGUGCGUGUGUAUAUAUAUAUAUAUAUAUAUAUAUAUAUAUAUAUAUAUAUAUAAAAAUCAAAAAGGUUAUGGUGGGGAAAAAUUGUGAUUGAAAACCCCUUCCACCUGUAGUUUGUGGAUGUAUAUAUAUAUAUAUAUAUAUAUAUAUAUAUAUAUAUAUAUAGUGACAGAAAGCAAGGAAUUGUGCUGGAAGGAACCUAUAUACCUCCCCAGAUUUUGCAAGGUUCUUACUUUGUGUAAUUAGCCCUAGGGAAAUGUGUUAUGUUCUAAUGAAUGUUGCACUUUAAAUAUGUGUAUAUUUGGGCCCUGGGGUGGAGCACCUGGAGAGUAGGGUGGGCCAGUGCUCCACUCCACAUUUUGGAAGUUGCUUGGUGAGAAGUCCAGUUCUGGAGUUUGAAUCCUAAUCUAACUCACCUGAAAAGGAUUGUCAAUUACCAGUGCUAUUAAGUACUCCCCUGCCAAGGAAGAAGGGAGAUUGUGUUUGUGAGUGGAAACAGAGAGCUGAAAACCCUGAAGCAGUAAGGCUGUUUAUGUUUAUGUUUAUGUUGGGAAAUGGACAAGCCAUCCAACCCAGUUAGCUGAUUAUUUUGUUUAGUUAGUGCUCAGAAGAGCAAGGCUUUUGUUUGAUAUAUUUUUGUUACCUUUAUACCUUACUGUGCAUUUAUUUUGGAACCUCAAUAAAAGAGCAAGUCAGUUUACCUCAUCCAGCGUGUGAAGUGUCUCUAAAGCCUGAAAAGACUGUGUGUAACACCCCAAUCCCAGGACAAGGUACCAAGGGAAAAGAGUACUUUUGUCACAAUAUAUAUAUAUAUAUAUAUAUAUAUAUAUAUAUAUAUAUAUAUAUAUAUAUAUAUAUAUAUACACACCAGUAGAGAAGAUGACCAGCACUCACGGAUUCCAAUAAGUAGUUAAAAGUUAUAAAUUUAUUAAUCCAUCUUUAAAAAGCUGCUCAAUGUUUCAGUCCACGUUUGGGACUUUCAUCAGGAACAUAUUCCUGAUGAAAGUCCCAAACGUGGACUGAAACGUUGAGCAGCUUUUUAAAGAUGGAUUAAUAAAUUUAUAACUUUUAACUACUAUUGGAAUCCGUGAGUGCUGGUCAUCUUCUCUACUGGUAUGUGCAAUCUCCCCAGACUUCAAGCACCCGGUUUAAUUAUUUUGAAGCAAGAGUGCAAGGACAUUGUGGAUUAUUAUAUAUAUAUAGUAAGGCGUAGCCUGGAAUUGUGGGAGGGGUUACCCGGCUAUAAAAGCUCAGGCCCCAGCCAAACCUAUACUGGAAUCGCUGGGUUCAUUCAGAACCUUUGAACUUCCGGUUCAAACUCACCGGCAUAUCGCUCCCACGUGGUCUGCUCCAGUCGAAGUGCCCCCUGCUAACCCAGUUCGGUACAAGCCCGGCAGUCUCCGUGCCCGGCACCAAGCGCUCCAGUCCAGCUUACUGUCGGGGUUCCGGCGAACUCCCAUCCUCCUCAGCCAUACCCACGGCGGUUUUCAGGAGCAGGAAACAUACUUACCUACUCCAGGGUCCCAGAACCGUGAGUCUCAUCCACACCACUCUCAGCCAGACGCCUGGCGUCCAUUCACGCUUUACACACCUGUCACUAAGGACUGUUAUUUAUACUUACCUUACCGCUCCAAGCUUCGUUCGGUACCGCACUCCACAGGCACAUUCUCCCCCUGGCACUUACCCUCCAACGCUGGUCGGUAA